CGUUACGCUCUCUCUCUUUGCUCUCUCCUCUCUUUUUGGAUGGAUGUAUAAUAAUGGAUCUCUGCCAAAACGCUCAAUUUAAAAUCGUGUAAAAGGCGAAUUUCUUUUGAGCGUUCUCCUUUCUGUCUCUUUUCCUCUAUUCUGUCCCUCUUAUCUAUCUCUCUGCUUGAUUUGCUUGCUGUUUUAAUUACUUAUUUACUGUAGAUUUAUGCUUAAGUGCUUUACUUUUAACUUUAGGUUUUUGAGUUUAAAAACUAUUUUUGUUUAUAUGUACAAAAUACGUUCAGUGCGUCGCUGCCCCUGCCUGUGUCGCUGCCUCUGCCCGCGUAGACUGCGACUAUUGUUUGUUGUCGUUGUUGUUGCAUGUGAACUUUUCCGUAUCCCCCACCGAAAGAGGGAGCGAGAUGGGGCGAUGCGACUGCCAAAAUGAGAGGGCCAAUUUUGUAGUUGUAGUUGUUAGGUUGUUGUUGUUGCUGCUCCUCUUCUUCUCCACCUCCACUCUCCCCUUUCCACUCUCUUCGCCGUUAAUUAUUUUUUCACUCCUUUGCUUUGUGGCUCAUCUUCGCUUUAUCCUGCGCGCUCUCUCACUUGCUCUACUCUACCCCUCUCUCACUCACACAGCACUAGCAGCAACAACAACGCUGCACACAACAUCAAUAUAUUGGAUAUAUAUCAACACUUUUUCGCCUGCGUGUGUGUCUGUGAGUGUGCAUGCGUGCGCUUGUCGAUUUUCACUGCCUUCUUUUCUUUGUGUGUAUAUGCGCUGCGCGUUGUGUUUGUCUGCUGCGACCGAGUGUGUUUGUUGGUGUGUGUGAACGAAACGAAAUGCGUUUAAGGCUAACGUUUUUCAAAAAAUCCUUUUUUUGCGGAUUUCGCGAUUACCGACAAUUAAAACGGCACUGCACACGCGGCCUCCAAAAGUGCGGCUCUUAAAUUUGCUGCCCGAGUUACGAUUUGUUUGAUGCUACGCACGGUUUUCGGACACUUUUACACGGGGCUUUGUUUUUACCCAUCGCAUCGUCGACUCUUUGCUUCAGUGCUAGAGCUGAAACAAAGUCGAUGGUUAUUCAAUUCUAUCGAUAUUGCCAGAAGGAAGCUAUCGAUAGAAACUCACGGCGCUAUUAAACAUCGAGUUUAAUCGAUGGAUUUUACUAAAAUAAUCGCAAACAUUUCCAGCUUUAUUUCCUGGCUUUCCCGAUCUUUUAAAGCAUAUUUCGGGCCAGGACAAGAUGCCCAUAACCGGGCUGUGCAUCGAGCUGCGUCCCAACCUGCGCAGCGGCGUCGCCUUCUUGCGAUUCGACCACCAGAUCUCGCAGACCCACGAAACGCGCCUUGUCAUCCGGGACUACAAUGUUUACAUCAGCGAGAAACCGAGAAGGCGGGAGAAUCAGGAGGACUUCAGUUCGGAUAGCGAUAGCGAAGACUCCGACGAGUUGUUGCUCAUCCGGCACGACCACUUCGGCAUGGACAUUGGCUGCUUGUCCACUUUCCUGGUCAGCGGCAGCCACAUAAGCUUCCGCUUCAACUACAACCAGAUAGAUUUGGAUGCCGUGGAUGGUGGCUCGGUGGAGGUGCCUCUAGCACCGCUUCUCCUCUCCUGCCACGAGGAUGAGGUUAUUUCCAUCAACUGCCGCGACUGCCGGGCGGAACUGGUGGAGGCCAGAAACUAUCGAAGGCUGAGGGAGUUUCCCAGCUGCGUGGUGGAUCCAAGCGAAUUCUUCUGCCACAAUCAUCAUGGACAGGGAUGCAAGACCCAACCUGUCAGUUUGGUGCCCGGCGAAGUAGAUCUUUUCUACGGCCUUAACUAUGUGGUCAUCAGGCUUAACGAAGAUAAUCCGCACGUUCUCAAUCGCGAGGAUCACUUGUACUGCAAGCGCUGCAUGCGUUUUUUGGGUCAGACCAUGUUCAAUUGCGCCGCCGCUCGCCUCUGGGCGGAUGCAGUGCGUUGGCUGCCUGAAGGAGCGACGGCAGCUGCCCCCGGGCGUCACUUCUUCAAGAGCUCUACGCUGACGCAGCUAGUCAAGCGAGUGCUCCACUCUCUGUGGCCACAGCCCCUGCCCCAGCUCUGUUUGAGCACUAGUCGCGCUUUGCUGGUCACCUCGCUGCCCAGCCGGAGGCAACAGUACAUGUUCCUGCACGUAGUGGAGUCGCAGCUCCGUGUUCUGCGUCGGAUUCGUCCGGAUUCAAACCGGCUGCGCUGCUACCGCACCUGCAAACUAUACUACGGCGUUUUUGGAUCCGAUCCACCGCUGCUGGCGAAGUGGCAGGCCCAGCAAACACUGCCCCAAAUGGAGAUCUCGCCGGAUAUGUUCCUGGCGUUGCAGCAGAGACUCGAGUUCAACGGUCAGUUGAUUCCGCACGCCUGGCGCGUGAACUCCGAGGAGGAGCAGCUGCAGCUGACGUACUUCUUCUAUGAUAACGAGGAGCAGCCCGAGGGCGUGGCCGUUACCUCGGAUGUUUUUCUGGAUCAGCUAAGCCAUAUGGACGACAAGCAGAAGGAGCAGGAUCAGUACGAAACGGAUGCAGGACAUGCUAGCGAAAGCGACGACGAGUACUCGGAUACGGACACGGACUCUGAGGCGGCGGUUCAUUCGCUGGGCAAGCGGACGCUCCCCAAACGCUGCCCGACUCCGCCACGUUCCUGCCUCAACAUGUCCACCUCCAUCUCGUCCGCUUCUUCGGAGGAUAAGUAGUUCCCCUCGUUUAUAACCCUCCGCAAGUCAAAAGUCUAGAUCCCUGUUUUCUUUGCUUUCGUUGUUGGUUGUACAUAGGUGAUAGAAUUAAUGGUUACUUGGUUAUUCUUUACUUAUAAUCCUCUGCUUAAUUUUAAAAUUGAAUCCUUCGGUUUCGUUGGUCGUUGUAGAUAAUCGUUAGAAUCAAUAGUUAAGCAAGCGGAAUUGAUCUAGCAUUAAAUAAUAUUGGUUGGUAGUCCA